CUGCUCUCUUACGAGGUGUGAAUAUCAGAAUGGGUUACCAGCUACUGUUCGCACUCGUGCUUACUUUAAGCAGUUCCUCACUGGCUCAAGUGAUCUCCUCGGGAGAAUGUCCGGAACAUCCGGUAGUGCAAAAUUUCAACGUACAAUCCUACGUGGGACGAUGGUAUGAGAUUAGUCGUUACGAAACGUCGACUCAGCGUGGCGGAGAGUGCGUCGAGGUGAGCUAUACUCAGACUAGCGACACCUCACUCAGUUUGGAAAACCGUCUGGUGGUUCCGCCUAACACAGAAUUUGAAGUGGUCAACGGACAGUCAUUUGUCUCGUUCCCCAAUGAGAGUCCUGUGCAGGGUCGAAUGAAUAUUAGCUUCGGAGCGAUGCCUCCUACUUCUGUGAACUACUGGGUGUUGGACACUGACUAUACCAGUUUCUCAUUUGUGUGGAAUUGUUUCGCAGUUAGCGAGACUCUGAAAGGUGAAAACUUUUGGUUGAUGUCCAGAACUGUUGAGUUGCCAGCCAGUGCUCAGAGUAGGGUGGAUGAGCUUAUUAACCUUUACUUGAAACCACAAUACAUCAGACCAACUCGGCACGACUUAGAAGGGUGUGCAAAUCAGAGGAACGCAAAGAUUGGUGAGCAAUCAGAAUUUGACGAUGUUUGAUCAGAGCUGAAGUGAAAUGCAAGACUGUUCUCAAAAUUGAAGAUAGAUUGAAUGUACAAUGACAAAUGAAUUAAAUUAUGAAAUUGAAAGUA